CAGUAAACAAGCCUGUGGCAGAUUCGAGCGCGGGCCUGACCGUCUGGCUAAUGACGAGGCUUUCACUGUUGCCUUGCAUGGGCUGUUUCGUAUCCUGAGAUCUUGGGAUGAUGGCAAAGGCUGUAUCAAGAGCGACUACGAUAUUCAACUCGACAUACUGGACGUGUACUCACCUAUGGAUAACGGUCACCGCCUUCAUGGCAACACCACCAGAGCUGAGAGGCUUGAUGCAGUCAUUCCUGGGGACAGAUACCAGAUUCGCAAUCGUGAUCUCCGGGACUACCGUUUUCGGUAUUCAUACCUCCAGCUCUUGCGCCCCACGGAUCUGCCGCUGGUGCCAGCUAUGACGAGUUUUCACACUGAUAUUCGAGCGAAGCGUUCUCUUUCUCAUGAGGUGGCUAUCGAGAUCGCCGCCAGAUUGCCGAAUCUCUCUGCUGGAGACUGGUAUAUGCUCGACUCAGAAAGGCGUUACCCAGUUUUGCGUCGUACGAUCCGGGCGCGUCUCACCCAGGCUGUCCAAAACUUAUUGUCCACGACUCGUCUUCGGGCGAUUCGGCUAUACAUGGACCAGAAUAUACUUUGGAACCAUUCCUGGCGUCCAGUAGAUCUUCGCCCCGCAGGUACGACGUUCGAUCCAUUAUGCAGGGCUAUUCGUGAGGCUACGGCUGAGUGCGAGACCCUCACAAGCCUUUAUAUACGAGGCACUCUAGACACGUCAUUGCUAUGGCCACUUCCUGGCCCAACAAUCGUCAGGCCUUUCUGGCAAAACUUGGUCCAUCUCAAUAUCCACUUUCAUAUGACAACACCGUCUGGGGCUUGGUACUUUCAAGCUAAAAGUCGUUCCCAGGACCCUGAUAGCCUUGCGUUCUCAACGUCAGAGUACUGCAGCGCUGCGACGAUAUCAUCCUCCUCGCCUGAGCCAUAUCCAGGAGGCAUUUGAGUAGUUGAUGGUGUAGAAAUGGACGGGUACCCUCCCUCCAUAUUCCGCUUGGUGCCUGACGAGGAACUCCUUGCUCCCCUGAUAGAAGCCUUUGCGCGAGCCUGUUUGCAGAUUCCCUCGUUGAAAGUGGCGUCUCUG